UGGCCGCUUGAUUUGAAAAGCACACCAUGUUCAAAAGGCGCAAAGCGUAACCGCCCAAAACCCCCCCUCUUCCCCAAUUCCACACGCAAAAAAGAGCACAAGACGAAGAGAUUUAUCCGAGAGCCACGCAUAGUUCCAGUCUUCCAGACACUUCAAUUACUUCCGACAAGGUGAAUGAUUGGCGAAAUAGUGGUUUAAUCUCAAAACACUAAAAAGAGAGAUAAAAGAGCAUUGCGUGACUGCCAGUGUGGAAAUGUUAUUGCAGAGCUCUGUCCCAAGUUCAAUUGAAGCAGCUUUAUCUUUUAACACUAAUCAUGGAAAACGAGACUUAACAUUUGAGUGGGUGAAUGCUGAAACUAGGCAAUGUUGUAUAAAUAGUAAUAAUUUCUCUCAGGGUGGUUCGGAGCUGUUGACUGUGAACACAGUGCCUGGGUCAAAUUUCAUUUGCAAGCAAAGGAAGCUCCUGAAAAGUUCUGUGGUAAUUUUUCCUCUCAAGGCGGAAGUUGAUAAAAUACCUGUAUUUGAAGAUAAGAAUGGUCCUUCAGGCACUCAAGCUGAGGAUGCAAUUGGUGAUGGAACUGGAACUCCUACUGUCUCAGCAGAGAAUUUGGCUGGAGAGUUUCAUGCUGCCAAUGCUUCAGUUCUCCAUUUUGAAAAUUUUUGCAAGCAUCCUUCUUCAGAAAUUAAAUUCACUAACAAACCAGAUGUGAAUCUUGAUUCCAAGUCUGUUAGCUUUGAUUGCCUUAAUGAUUAUAAUCAGGGUUCGGCAGUUACAAAUGAAGAGUCCUUUCUCAAUGAUCUAUGCAUCUCUACACUAAGGAGUCAUGGAUUGCUGGAAAGUGUUUGCCCUAAAAGCAGUUGUGCUUCCACAGAAAUUCUUGGAAUUGGUGGUGAUAGUGGCUAUACUCAGUCUUGCAAGCAGUGUGGUCGUUCAGAUAAUGUAUUGAAUAUGUUAAUUUGUGAUCGUUGUGAAGAAGCAUUCCAUAUAUGUUGCUGCAAACCUGGGAUGAAGAUGUUGCCAAUUGAUGAGUGGUUUUGCUAUUCUUGUUCAAAAGCAAACUGCAAUGAGGGUGCAUCGAGAUUUCGAUUGGGUCCUAUAGCAUUCAUGUUGAAAUACCCAGAGUCUCAUAGAUCUAAAGUUCGAAUUGGCGAAGCUUUUCAGGCAAAAGUUCCUAACUGGUCGGAUGAAACCAAUGAUUUCAAUUGCAUUGGCGAACCUUCUGAAAUGGAUCCAUCAGAAACUAUUGACACUGAUGUGAGCCUUUUUGUCAAGUUUCCCGAGCCGAAAUCUAUGAGUAAUUGGCUUCAAUGUCGUGAAGUCCUAUAUGAUGACUCACGGGAAUGUGCUAAAGGGACUAUAUGCGGAAAGUGGCGCAGGGCUCCACUUUCUGAAGUCCAAACUACUGACUGGGAUUGUUCGUGUGCUAUUCGUUGGGAUCCAAGCCAUUCCGACUGUGCUGUUCCACAGGAGGUAGAAACAGAACAGGUUCUACUGCAUUUGAAGUAUAUUGAGAAGCUGAGAUCUUGCCUAGCUGCUAAAAAGAGAAAACUAGAGUCAUGCCAUUAGAAACUGCUGGGAACUGAAAAUUGUUCUGCAGUGUUUGUAUACAUGUAAACAUACGGAAAGAACAGUACAUCUCCAAGCUGUGCAAGUGCCAAAGUAGAAAUGAACUCUAAAUUCAUUUUUUGCUCUUAUUAUUAUUUCCUUUUUGGAGUAACUAAUUUCUUGCCCAAAUCUGGUUUUGAUCUUUAUCUAUUCCACGCUUUGCUGUUUAUCAUCUUGUUGUAUUUUAUAAAUGCUCAGCAGAAUGAGAAAUAUUCUUGGUGUUA